CGUAAGUUAUCUAUGAAUUGGUACAAAAGUUAAUUAUUGAGUAAGAUUGGAACGUAUUUUAUGUGUUUCAAUAAAAUUUGAUUAAUAAGUUGACCAACGUAUGGCAGAUAUAUUUGCUUAAGUAUUAGUUUAUUUAUUUAUUGACCUAAUCAGUUUCAAAUUUUUAAAAAUGAUUAAUAUUAUUGUAUUGGAAGGGCCAGUUCUGACGAACAGAUGAAAUAAUAUGGAUGAUUAUGAAGAUGAACCAGAUAUUAACGAGCAGAUUUUCCAUAACAAUGUCAGGGAACAAAUAAUAUUUCUGCUCCUUUUCUUAAUCCUUUAUAUAGCUAGUUUUGCCCUGUUAAAUCAGUUCAAAAAAAGAGGUCGGGAAGAUUACAUAGAUGAAGAUGAAAUAACAGUCUACAGAAUAAGCACCUGGCUUUGCACAUUUUCUUUAACUGUGUCUGUUGGGGCUGUUCUAUUGUUACCUAUAUCCAUAAUUGCCAAUGAAGUGCUUGUGAAUUAUCCAAAUAGUUAUUAUGUAAAAUGGCUGAAUUCAUCUCUGAUACAAGGUCUCUGGAAUUAUGUGUUUCUAUUCUCCAAUCUAUCCAUGUUUGUUCUACUGCCCUUUGCCUAUCUCUUUACAGAGUCUGAAGGAUUCUUUGGACACCGUAAGGGUCUAUGGGCUAGGGUACAUGAAACCUUUAUUGUUUUAAUAUUACUAACUAUAGUUGUUCUUGGGAUGGCUUAUGUUAUGUCGUCCCUUAUUAAUAGUGACCAUUCCAAUGUUUAUGCUAUUUUAAAUGUGUGGAUCUAUUUACCUUUUUUGUAUUCGUGCAUAUCUUUCCUGGGGGUGCUAAUAUUACUUGUUUGUACACCAUUGGGUUUUGUUCGUCUCUUUGAUGUUGUUGGCCAGUUUCUUAUAAAACCGCAAUUUCUACGCGAUUUAAAUGAAGAAUAUUUCGCUUGUGCCUUGGAAGAGGAAUGCUUGAGAAGAAGACUGAAACACGCCCAAAUGACGGGCAAAUACUGUAUUAGUCCCACUCCAAUUUUAUCUACCAGUCCAUUGUAUGAAGAUGAUUUUAAACUGCCCGAUAAUUUUUUAAGAUUGAGGAAUGGAGAAUUACAGACUGGACUGGGAGGUAAACUCCAUGAAAUGGAGAUGAGACGAAAGUUGUUGGAUAGACAACGUAAGACUUCAUCUUUAAGAAGAAAUGUUGUUUACCCCAUAUCAAUGUUGCUGCUCAUUGGUUUGACAGUUAUUGCUGUACUUCUAGUGGUGCAGAAUACAUUGUCAUUACUAAUUGGCAUUAAGGCAUUGCCAAGUAGUUCAAAGCAAUUUACUCUAGGUGUAAGUUCAUUAUCCAAACUUGGUCCAUUUGGGGCCGCUUUGGAAAUUGUUAUAAUUAUUUACUUCAUAGUAACAUCAUCGAUAGGUCUUUACACUGCUCCCUGUAUGAGAAACAUGAGGCCUACAAAGAAAAAUACACCAUUUAUGCUUGUGAUAGCGAAUUGCGCUUUGGUGUUGAUAAUAAGCUCGGCCUUGCCAUUGUUAUCAAAAAUAUUAGGUGUAACCAAUUUUGAUCUCUUAGGCGAUUUUGGUAGUAUUGAAUGGCUGGGUAAUUUCCAAAUUGUACUUCUGUACAACAUAUUAUUUGCAUUUGCCGCCUCAUUAUGCAUCGUCAACAAAUUUACAGCGAAAGUAAGGAGGGAACUUUACGCCCGGUUGCCCAAUCAAACACAGUUGGAAUGGUUGUCGAUGUGCUACAACGAAAUGUCCAAUCUAGCAGACGUGAUUAAUACCAGAGCUAAGCGUAGUUUACGAGUGCUAUUUAGCAACGACGGACCAGUCUGUUUCUUAGCGACUUGUCUGCUAGAGUUCAGUCCAAUAUUACAUCCAACGAAUAUCGUAGCUGUGACUUCCGAUCAAGCGCUGCCUUUUGUAAAAACCCUUUCAGAUGUAACUGGAGUGGCUAUAUCGAGAAUUGCUGCUCCGCCGGUGUGGGGGUUCGUUGGGAUUAAUCAAUUUGUAGAUAUAGAGAACACCGUUUUCAAAGCGGACAUUUUGAGGCCAUAUAGAAGAGCCUUAAAAAAUCCAACGAAUUCAACUCUAUGUCUUGGAACUGUGAUGUCAGAAUUGAGGACGAUGUCUUACUUAGUGUUGAAUAAUCACGAAAAUAUUGUUGAGUUCGUUGAAAAGCGCAAACGCCCCAUCAGCCGACCGAAUAGAAAUGUUUUGGCCAAAGUAAGAGCUGUGAGUAGUUUGGUUCGACUAUGGUACUCGAGAGAACCCGAAGAUGUCAUAAUAUCACUAGGCAUUUGUUCAGAUGGAUCUUUUGAAAUUCCGCGCGGGAUAAUUUUCUCGCAGCCAGCAGAGCAGGAUGCGACUAGAAAAUGGCGACCGUUUCACAAUUUCCCUCUAAUGAAUGACAAUACGAAAUCCGAAAUAAAUCAAUGUCUUAAUGAAAGUAAAGAACUCUUAAGUUGCUUUGAGAUGUUCGACAAAAGUGAGGAAAAUUGGUCAGUGUAUAGCGUAAUGGACAACGACAGCAGAGAUGUAAAUUUAAACAAUAGUUUUUCUGAAUAGUUUGUAUAUUUGUCUUAUGUAAA